CUUCCAUUUUGACAAUUAGCGAUGAACAAGACAAAGAUGCUCCGCCAAUUUCUUCUAGCGCUACCUGCCAUUCGCACCUCACUACUGCCUCUUCGACCGAGAGCACUCCACCCUCUGCUCCAUCGACAAUAUGCAACAGCACCAAAUGUCGCUCAAACAUCGUUCUGGCUCAGUCUGAUCCCGAAACCCCUCCGCCAAAGCUCUCCCCGUGCAGCUUUGAAGAAGAAAGUCAGGUCUAAGGAGUGGAAUCCUGCUACUUUCUUCAUCAUUAUAUUCCUCUUAAUUGGGUCCAUGUCCAUCCAAAUGAUUGCAUUACGGAACGAAUUCGCAGCGUUUAGUCGCAGAGCUGACGCAAAGAUUGGGCUGCUGAAGGAAAUAAUUGAAAGAAUACAGAACGGGGAAGAAGUUGACGUGGAAGGGCUACUGGGUACAGGAGACAAGGAGAGGGAGAAGGAAUGGGAAGAAGGUAACUUUGCUUCCGUAAAACAACAGUGGUUAUCUAAUGGGUAUCAUGUAGUUCUCCAAGAAAUCGAACGGGAAGAUCAAGCAUGGGAGCAGUCAAGAAGAAGUAAGCCCAAACAUGGAGAGGGGGAAAUUGCGAAAAAAGCGCCGAUUGAAAUACCUGCCAAGGUGGAAUCAAAAUCAAAGGCAACGUCGAAAACCAAUGCGCCCUCAGGAUUCUAUUGAAACCUUGUAUUUGGGUCUAUCACUUU